GCUGACAGUUUAGAGGAAAAACACAACUAACAUGGCGGUGUGCAUAGCAGUUAUCGCUAAGGAGAACUACCCGCUGUAUAUUCGCAGUGUACCCACUCAAAAUGAGCUGAAGUUUCACUACACAGUCCACACCUCUCUGGAUGUGGUGGAGGAGAAGAUCUCAGCUGUAGGAAAAUCUUUAGGAGACCAGAGGGAGCUUUACCUGGGGCUCCUGUAUCCCACUGAAGACUAUAAAGUAUAUGGAUAUGUAACCAACUCCAAGGUGAAAUUUGUGAUUGUUGUGGACUCAUCAAAUACAUCAUUGAGGGACAAUGAAAUAAGAAGUAUGUUCAGAAAACUGCACAAUUCUUUCACGGAUGUAAUGUGCAACCCCUUCUACACUCCUGGUGACCCGAUACAGUCCAAGGCUUUCAAUGGGAUCGUUUCUGGAAUGAUGGUACAAACUGGCUGACCA